AACCGGCCCGGCGCUCGAGUCGCUUUUUUUUUAUUUUUAUUUUUUAGCGGCCAGCCCAUACUCUCGGCCAGCGCAGCGUGCUCCGCGAAAAUUAGCCGCAAAAAUCAACGAGGAACGCGAGCGUAACAGCAAUGUGCCCGGGAAAAUGCCGGGAAAAGUAUUAAUCGAAAGCGAACGAAGGAAAGUAGUGUGUGCGGCGCCGAAUCAAAAAAUCGAAAAAGUGCCAAAAAAAUAAAAUAAUACAAAAUAUAUAUACGGUUAAAGAGAGAGUGCGCCCGACCAGGCACCUGUUGGAUUUCCAGAAAAGAAGCGUCUCAAAGAAGAACCAGAAACGGCAACAAGUGGCCCCCGGCCCCGGUCCCUGUCCCGAUCCCGGUCACCCAUAAAUGUGGAAAAGUGGAAAAACCGCGGCAAAAAUGUGCAUAUGACGAUUGGCUUUUUGGCUCUGCUCCUGACACCAGUUUCUCUCUCUCCUCUCCCUCUCCUUCCACCACUUUCUUCGCACCUUUCUUCAAAGCCCCCCCCACCCCUCCCCCCAAAAAAAAAAAGAUUAAAAAAAAGAUGCGCAGACUAGAGCGAUUUAAACGCAACCACUGCUUCGUGCUCAGCCUGGCCCUGGGCCUGGUGCUCAGCAUCUAUGUGCCGGAGAUCCUGUUCGAGCCGAUCCAGCCGGAGUGCCCGCAGGAGGCGGCCGAGAACCUGCUGAUCGAGCGCUUCGGCCAGGACUUUGAGCCGCAACUGAAUCUUGUGAACAAGCCGCUGGCGGCCAAGAAGCCGGUAAAAAAUGUGAUACGACCGAGGUACUACUCGUCGGAGCUGGGCAUCCGCGAGAAGCUCUUCAUCGGGGUGAUGACCUCCCAGGAGCACAUCAACACCUAUGCCACGGCCUUCAACCGGACCAUCGCCCAUCUGGUCAAUAAAAUUAAGUUCUUCAUCUACGCGGACAGUGUCAAGACUAAUUAUAAACUAAAGAACAUUGUCGGGUUCACGGACACCCACGAGAACCGGCGACCCUUCCAUGUCAUCAAGUACAUUGCCGACAACUACCUGAAGGAGUACGACUACUUCCUGCUGGUGCCCGAUAACGUCUAUGUGGAUGCCCGCAAGCUGAAGAAGCUCCUCUACCACAUGAGCAUCACCUUUGACCUCUACAUGGGCGGGGCGAGGGUGGGCCUGGAUGCCGGCAGCCCCAUCAACGAUGCUGCCAGUGCCGGGGAGGAGGACGUCCAGCCGGGUCUCAGCGAUCGAAACUAUUGCUCCCUGGAGGCGGGCAUCCUCUUCAGCAACAGCGUCAUCCGGAAGAUGCGCAACAAUCUGGAGAGGUGUGUCCGGAUCGGCAGCACCUCCGAUCACUCCGUCAACAUUGGGAGGUGUGUCAAGUACGCCAGUCGGGUGACGGGUUGCCAGGAGAGUUUUCAGGGAAUGCGCCAAUAUAGCUAUGCCUUGGAUGCCCCAGGACGCAGACAUCGCGACUUUGGUGAAUUGGCCAAACAGGAGGCCUUCCGCAACGCCAGCACCGUCUAUCCUGUCCAAACCCCAGAGGACUUCUAUCGCCUACAUGCCUACUACUCCAAGGAUCACCUGGAAAUGGUUCAGUCCAGUAGCUAUGCUCUGGAGCAGAAAUCUUACCGCAUCGCCAAUGGCAGCAUCUCGAACAAGAUCCUGGAGAUCCGCUGGCCGCUGGGAGUUCCGCCGCCGAGUGCUCCGGAAACGCGUCACGACAUCCUGACGUGGCAGCUGCUGAAUGGGACCCAUAGCUUCCUGCCGCACGGGAAUGCCGAGCAUACGGUGGCCCCCCUCUCCAAGGUGGAUGCCCUGGACUUUGAGAAGGUGCUGCAGAUCGCCCUGCAGUAUGCGGCAUUGAAGCAUCCCCGCUUGACGUACCACAGCCUGCACAGCGCCUACCGGAAGUUCGAUGCCACCCGUGGCAUGGACUAUCAGUUGCAUCUCAGCCUGCAGGAGGGAUCGGGCCGGAACCGGCAGCUUCUGGUGAAGAGUUUCGAGGUGGUGAAGCCCCUGGGCAGGGUGGAGGUGGUGCCGUCGCCCUACGUCACGGAGAGCACACGAAUAGCCGUCCUGGUGCCGGCAUUCGAGCACCAGGUGCCCGACGCCCUGGAGUUUGUGGCCCAAUACGAACGUGUCUGUAUGCAGAACCAGGAUAACACCUUCCUCCUGCUGAUCUUUUUGUACCGCCUGGACUCGCCCAGCAAGGGUGACGACGAUCCGUUCAAGUCCCUCAAGACCCUGGCCCUGGACCUGUCCACAAAAUACAAAACGGACGGCUCCCGGAUCGCUUGGGUCUCCAUCCGCCUGCCGGAGCAGCUGAGCGCCCAGGUGGAGGCCAGCGACUGGCUGUUCCACGCCUCCAUGUACGGGCCCCGGCAGCUUUUCAGUCUCGUGGUGGCCGACCUGGCGCUGCCCAAACUGGGCCUCGAGUCGCUCGUUUUGAUGGCCACGCCGGGCAUGAACUUCAAGGCCGACUUCCUCAAUCGCGUCCGCAUGAACACCAUCCAGGGCUUCCAGGUCUAUGCCCCGAUUGGCUUCCAGAUGUAUCCCUGCCGCUGGGCGCAGUUCUGUAAGGAGUGCGACACCUGCGAUGUGUCCCAGAGCAGCGGCUACUUUGAUCGUCACAACCACGAUGUGAUUUCCUUCUACUCCCGGGAUUAUGUUCAAGCCCGAAAACUACUGCAUCCGCAGGGAUUGCCGAUCAUCAGAAGCGAUCUGGACAUAGAUCAGCUGUUGCUGCCGACGGAACGGCCGGAGACACGUCCUGCCGGCGUGGAGAGCAUCCUGGAUAUGUUUGUGGCGGCCCAGCACUCGGUGCACAUACUGAGGGGCGUGGAACCGAAUCUGCGCUUUGGCCAGGAUGUGCGCAACUAUCUGGCGAGGGGCGGGACACUGCCGGCGGAGGUGCCGGAGCGGUGCGGGCGGGAGAAGUGCAUCCACUUGGCGUCGCGAAAGCAAAUCGGAGAUGCCAUUAUCCGCUACGAGGAUAAGAGUAUAUUGCACAAAUAGCAUACUGAUACAGCUCCUGGUCCUGCUCCAGCUCCUGGUCCUGGUCCUGCUCCAGCUCC